CGUGAACUACGGCUAGAGAGAUGGUGGCGCACAUGAGCGAAGGCCUCCCUCAACCUCAAGCGCGACUAUAUAUUUCCUGCUGGAGCAGCAUCUAUACUCCAACACUUGCCUUGCAUUGUUAAUGCGUGCGGCUGCAGCGGGCAUAGAUCGAAUAUAAUUGAGAUCGUCAAUGCCUUCCACAGAAUCGGCCGCCGGCGUGGCCUGGGACCGCCGGCGUGAGCUGCAGGCGUUCGACGACACCAAGGCGGGCGUCAAGGGCCUCGUGGACGCCGGCGUCACGGCCCUCCCGCCCAUCUUCCGCCACUCGCCGGAGUCCCUGGAGAGCAUCACGUCCUCAAACCAUGUCGCGGGGGCCAUCCCGACCGUCGACCUAGCGGCCCCGCGACGCGAGGACGCGGUCGCCCUGGUGCGGCACGCGGCCGGGACGGUGGGCUUCUUUCAGGUGGUCAACCAUGGCGUGCCGGCCGAGCUCAUGGCCGGCAUGCUCGAGGGGGUGCGCCGGUUCAACGAGGGACCCGCCGAGGCGAAGCAGGCCAUCUACAGCAGGGACCAAGCUCGCAAGGUGCGUUUCGCCUCCAACUUCGACCUCUUCUCGUCGGCGGCGGCCAACUGGCGCGACACCCUCUUCUUCCACCUCGCUCCGGACCCGGCACCUUCAGAAGAGCUGCCCGAGGCUGUCAGGGAUGUGGUCACGGAGUACGGCCACGCGGUGACCAAGGUGGGGCUGUCCGUGCUGGAGCUGCUGUCGGAGUCCCUUGGCCUGAGCAGCGACCACCUGCGCGACAUGGACUGCGCGGAGAACCUCAACGCCGUGUGCCAAUACUACCCACCGUGUCCGGAGCCGUAUCUCACUUGGGGCACCAAGAGGCACACCGACCCGGGCUUCCUCACCGUCCUCCUGCAAGACGGCAUGGGCGGCCUCCAGGUGCUCGUCGACGGCAAGACCUGGGUGGAUGUCCCUCCCGUGCCCGGCGCUUUCAUCAUCAACAUCGGCGACCUUCUUCAGCUCGUCAGCAAUGACCAGUUCAGGAGUGUGGAGCACCGAGUCCUGGCGAACAAGAGCAAAGACACCGCUAGGGUCUCUGUGGCGUCCUUCUUCAACACCAACAUUGAGAGAUCGACGAGGUUGUAUGGCCCCAUCACCGAUGGACGCAACCCCCCGAUCUACAGGAGCGUCACCGCUAGAGAGUUCAUCGCAACGUUUAAUCGCAUAGGCCUUGAUGGUCGCUCGCUCGACCAGUACCGGUUGGACCGGGAUACUCCCACACCUGCCGUGGAGGGGUGUGAAUGAAGCGGGCAUUUCCGUUUCUUUAUAAUUUAUUUGCAAGUUUAAAUUUAAGCAUUUUCAAAUAAGGGAACGUACUCGCUUUCUCAACUAAAGUGUCAGAACCGUGGACAAAAGUCUCUCGCUCCACCAAAGUAUGAGCAGCACCACAAAAGUGAGAGACUGUUGGAAAGAUGCCCCAGACGCAAUAAUAAAGUUAUUAAGUAUUAUUCUAUUUUUUUCA